CAUAUAUUGCUUUUGCAAAACAGUUUUACCUUUCAAACAGUAAAACUAUGUUCUUUAUCACUAUCAGCUAUUAGCCUACAUGGUUUACCAUCAUCAAAAUUGGAAAGAAAUUCAACUCUUUUGUUCAAAAAUCAAAAGAUAAAGGAAGAAGUUUGUAACAUGGCCCGACCCAAUUGGACUUGGUGGGCUCGAGGUCUGAAUUUGCGCCCAGCUCCACCCGAGUGCGGUGCAAGCAAAUGCCGAAAAGAACAGGGGCAAACUGAAGCAGACUACUAUGGAACCCUCCAACCCAUGUUCUCUGCCAAGCUUCUGCCGCUGCUGAGAACAGGCUAUGCUGCAGAAAACCUUUCUUUUCACUCUUUGUUCUCUUGUUAUUCUUCUUCUUCUUCAACUAAAGCACUCAUAGAUCAUGUCACUCAAGCUUUUCGGCAACAAAAUCCCAAACUCUUAAACCCUACUAUCCUCUCCAAGUUACAGCCAAACCACGUUAAACCCAUCCUACUUGCCCUACAAGACAACCCCACUUCCGCCGUUCAGUUCUUCCGCUGGACCCAGAACUCUCCUGGACUCUCCCUUAAUGCACACUCCUAUUCUGCGCUUAUUCAUGUCUUCCUACGACACCGGAUGGUUGGGGCGGCGACACAGGUAUUUGAUGAAAUGCUUGCUCGGUUUGGUAAAAGUUUGGACAUUUUUGGUGCUUUUUCUGAUGGGUUUCGAAAUUUUGGUUUGAAUUCUGGUAUUGUUCAUGGGUUUUUAAUGGAAGGGUGCUGUAGAAAUGGGAUGGUAAAUAGGUGCUUUGAGAUUUUUGUAUAUGUGUAUGAAUUAGGUAUGUUUGUAUCGCCUAAUGCAGUGUGUAGGAUGUUGGAUUCUAUGAUUGAUACGAAUCGCGUUGAUAUGAUUCUUGAUAACUACAACAAGUUGCAGAGAGCAUUGAAAGGGCAGAGUUUUUUUGUUUAUGGGUUUGUAAUGGGUGGUCUUUUGAGGAGGGGUAAGGUUGAAAAGGCCUUUAAUUUUCAUCAGAUGUUGAUUGAGAGAGGUUUGGGUGUUGAAAUUGCUGCUUGCAAUAAGAUUUUGAAGAAUCUUUGUGUAAAUAAUCAAACAGAAGUUGCUUCUCAAUUCUUUGAUUUAGUUCUGACCCUUGGACCAGUGCCAAAUGUGGUGACUUUUAGCACAUUGAUUAACAUGUAUUGUAAGGGAAGAGAAUUGGAUAAAGCAUUUGAGCUUCAUGAUGUUAUGAUAGAGAGGGGUACACCACCUGAUUUAAUUUUAUAUUCCAUCCUCAUUGAUGGUUAUUUCAAAGCAGGGAGAUUGAAGGAUGGGCAUAAGCUUCUGUCUCUGGCAUUAGAUAGAGGUAUCAAGUUGGAUGUAGUUGCUUUCAGUUCCAUUAUGGAUGCAUAUGUUAGAACCGGGGAUUUGGGAAAGGUGAUUGAGGUUUAUAAAAGAAUGUUAGAAGAAGGUUUAUCACCUAAUGUAGUUAGUUACAGCAUCCUUAUAACUGUCUUGUCUCAGAACAAUAGGAUUUCUGAAGCUUGUGGCUUUUUUGGUCAAAUUGUUAAACAUGGUUUUGAGCCAUCUCUGUUAGCUUAUAGUAGUCUCAUUGAUGGCUAUUGCAAGUCGGGUAACUUGAGGGAUGGGUUUGCCUUAUAUGAGGAUAUGAUUAAGAAGGGUCAUGAACCUGAUAUUGUUGUCCAUACCAUGUUAAUUAAUGGUUUUUGCAAACAAGGGCUGAUGACCAGUGCACUUGGGUUCUUCUUUCAUGGGGUAAAGAGGGGCACAAAACCUAAUAUCUUCACUUUUAACUCGUUGAUAGAUGGUUGGUGCAGAUUGGUGCGCUUAAAGGAUGCCCUGAAGGUGUAUGUCUUAAUGGCAAUGUUCGGUAUAAAACCUGAUGUAGUGACCCAAACUGUCUUGAUUAGGGGGACUGCCAGACAAGGGAACUUAUGCAUGGCAUUGUUAAUUUUUUUCCAUAUGCUGAAAAGAGGUUUCUCAGCAGAUGCGGUAACAUACUGUACUCUCAUGGAUGGAUUAUGCAAGCAUAAAAAUCCAACUGCUGGAUUGCAGAUCUUUAGGCUGAUGAAAAUGAACGGAGUGGAUCCUGAUAUUGCCAUAUAUAAUGUUCUCCUUAAUAUACUUUUUAAGGAUUGCCGAGUGCAAGAUGCAUCAGAACUCUUUGGGCAACUUGUAAAGGGAGGGCCAAAACCUGAUGUUGUAACAUACAACACAAUGAUAUGUGGCUACUGCUCAUCAAAAAUGUUGGAUGAGGCAAUUUGCCUGUUUGAAAAGCUGACAAGUGGACAGUUUGGACCUAAUGCAAUUACUUUUACUAUAUUGAUUGAUGCUUUUUGCAAGGAAGGUAGAAUGGAUGAUGCUGUGUUGAUGUUCUCCAAGAUGUUGGAAAAGGGACCCGAACCCAAUGUGGUCACAUACAGUUGUAUGAUUGAUGGCUAUUUCAAAUCAGGGAUUUUGAAGAACGCAUUUGAGCUUCAUGAAGCAAUGCUUGAAAAGAAAAUCUUUCCCAAUAUUGUCAGUUAUAGUAUCCUCAUUGAUGGCCUUUGCAAACAAGGACUAAUAGAGGAAGCAUCACUUGCAUUUCAUUGUGCUCUAAACAGACGUUUAUUGCCUGAUGUCAUUGCAUAUACGAUUCUAAUUCGUGGUUGUUGCAAAGCUGGCAGAUUAGCUGAAGCCAUGCGUUUAUGUGACCAGAUGUUGAUAAAUGGAAUCAUGCCUGAUGACUUGUUAAAAGAAACACUUGUGGAGUAUAAUCUUCAAAAUAUCUGGGACUAAGAGCCCUACUUAACCACUGUGUAGAGAUCUCUGCUUUCACGGUCCAGCAACGCAUACAGUUUUCGCCUCUUCCUGCAAGUUAGUUUCCAUAAUGUGUAUUACACUUAUACUCUUAAUUUAUGAACUAUCUUUUACUUUAGUAUAUAAUGUAUCUAAAUCUUCACCUUACAUUUAUAUUGAUUCAAUCUUGUAAAUUGAUUCAAUCUUGUAAGUUGAAUUAUGAGUGAAAUCAAUAACAAACAAAUUU